CCAGCCGCCGCCUCAGCCCCAGCAUCACGUCGUGUACUUCCCGGGGGACGUGCAGAACCCACUUCUAAGGCUAAAACUGUGGAACUUAAUAAGCUACUGAACUAUCAUGAUGUUAUGUCCAGUCAUCCAGAAAAUUUUCAGUGGGAGCAAUGGAGUUUUGAAAAUGUUGCUACCAUGCUUGCUCACCGAUUCCCUAAUAGUUUUAUUUGGGUUGUGAAAUGCUCCCGUAUGCAUCUGCACAAAUUCAGCUGCUAUGACAAUUUUGUGGCAAGCAACAUGUUUGGAGCACCAGAACACAGCACUGACUAUGGAGCCUUCAAACACCUUCAUGCAUUACUAGUUAAUGCAUUCAAAGUCUCUCAGAACAUUCUGCUGUCCCAGAAGACCAUGUAUGGUGUCCACAAAGAUGCAAAGAUAACUGCUUGUAAAUCUCAGUCUGCUCCUACUUCAAAUGGCUGCCCAGCAGGAGAGAAAGAGAGAAACGGUGACAUUUCUGAUAACUGCACUUUGAGUUUUGGUACACCAUCUAUUACAGGUGCAGCAUCUUUCACUUUGAUUGGCUUCAGCAAAGGCUGUGUGGUUUUGAACCAGUUGCUUUACGAGCUAAAGGAAGCUAAAAAGGACAAGAACACAGAUGCCUUCGUAAAAAAUAUAAAAGCAAUUUAUUGGCUGGACGGUGGUCACUCUGGAGGAAGCAGUACUUGGGUUACUCACCCAGCAGUCUUGAAAGAAUUUGCACAGACGGGGAUAGCAGUUCAUGCUCAUGUUACACCUUACCAAGUGUUUGAUACAAUGAGAUCAUGGAUUGGGAGAGAGCAUGAGAAAUUUGUAGAGACCCUUGAAGAAUUUGGUGUACAAGUCAAUGAUCAGCUUCAUUUUGCAGAUGAAAUCCCUUCCUUAGAUAACCACUUCAGAGUUCAUGAAGUAUUUUGAGACUCCAUGCACCUGUGUGUUUGAAUUCCUUGCAGAAGCACUUUUAACAUUGUGAAUCUUGUAACUUUAAUUUACAAUUUGUUUUGAGUUGCAUUUCCGGAGAAUACUAGAUCCGUUAUGUUUUACUAAUAUUUACUGGGUAUAAAUUCCAGUGCUAAAAAAAAAAAAAAAAAAAAAAAAAGUCUUGGUCUUUGUAUUAGUGUUGAUAUGCCUUGGACAAGAGAGAUCAUAUGAGUCCUGAAAGAAGAAACGUAACUGGUCCAUAUAAAGACCUGUUUUUAACAUGUCAUAUAGAGAUUUUGUGUGAAUGUUUGCCUUUAACCUGUAACUUGCUUCUCUUGGCAAAGUUUUCAACUCUGCAUGAUUAAAAUUAGGCUCCUUAAGUUAAUAUAUUAGCUUUUAAAGGAGUUGAAGGUGCUUGGCACUUUUGAAUAUAAGUCCACUCUUACUUAGGUGAUUAGCUUUAAUGUCCCAGGACUUGGCUUCUCUCAGUAGCAGACAGCAGUGUUUUAAUUCUUUGGGAAAGGGGAAAAUAAUACUUGGAGCACUCUUGAUUAUACAGUACUGAAAUGUAUCAUAUGCAGAUAUUUGAUAUCCUGCAACUGUGACAUUUCCCUAAAUGAAGCAGAGGUACAGAUGAUCUUUGUUCUUGGAAUAAAGGUACCAAUCCAUUCUUCCUUGUCACAGAAAAUGCAGGAUGUUUAUGAAGUUCUACUAACUCCAUUGAUGAGUAUCUGCCAGCAAAUAGCCCUUUUCUUUGGAGAGUCUCAAUAUUGAUAAUAGAAUAUAAAAACAUCUACAUUUUUAUAAAGAAGUGACCAAUGAUGUUUGUUAGUACUAUAGUGUUUAUUUCAACAUUCCCUAUUGAUAUUGAGGCUUGAUUAAUGUUUAAAACUGGUGUUUUUGGACUACAGUAACAAUUUGUGGAGGUGUCUUUAAUCCAUUUUGAUCUGAAACUGUCUUGAGGCCCUCUUCUGCAAAUGGUAGCAAAUUACUAUUAAUUAAAUCAAGCCAUUACUGUAUACUGUUAUAUACUGCAAGUUAUACAGUGAAUUUUAAUAGAUGAUCUUUAAGAAUUAUUGUGCAAUUACAAGUUAUAGAAUUAUGGUUAUUUGUAAUAUGCUGCAAAAAUAUUUUCAGAAUCAUAACUUUCUAUGCAAACCCUUCUUCUGACCAAAAUACAAAGUAGAUGAAUUAAAAAUGUACAGAGGCUGUCUUCUGGUUUAGAACAAAAUCUGAAUGUACUUAAAAGACUACAAUAUGGCAGUAGUACUGGGGGGGUGGGGGCAGAGGGAGGGAGGGUUAAAAGGUGUUGCCUUAACUUUGUAUAUGUUUCCAGGUCAAACAUUGGCAAUCAUAACUUUAAAGAAAACUUCAGCUCUUAGUGGUGAACUACAGUUUCUCAAAAAAGUGUUUUGAAUUACCUGGAAGUUCAUAAAACAUUUAAGAUCCAUUUUCAGAGCCAACUGUUUUGUAACUAUCAAAUAUGUGGUUUUGCUCUGGAAAGUGGCUGUAGAAAAAGGGUACCUGAUAAUUCUUCAUAUGGAAAGAAGGAGUUGAAUUCUUUUUCUCCUUGUGAUUCAUUACUAAAUUUCUGUUCACUACAUCUGUACAAGACCACUGGGGGAAAUGAGGUUGUAUAGAAUGAGUGAACGUCUAUUGCUAAAAGUGACGUGUAAGGGUUAAACGAAUCCCACCAAACUCUUUGGAAGUCCUUUCAUCAGCUGAGCACAUUUGACACGCUAUGAUUGGAAAGACAUAGCAAACUAAAUUCCAGCUUUUCAGUGUCAUUUUUUCCAAAAAAUAAAACCACCCAUUAAGAUUAAACUAAUCAAGAAUGUUUUAACUAUUGUUUUGUGAGUGACUAAAGUAACCUAAAUUUAGCUUAUAGUUCAGUAACCAUAUGUUAAAAGUGGCUUAAAAAUGGAGAAAAGUCAUCUUACAACAUGCAAAUGAAUUUGGAAUCAUCCUUUUCAUAAGAGUAAGAAAUCCAGUUUUGUUAGUUUUUCUUAAAGCUCACUUGGAGGCUUUUCCCAGAGCACUUCCAGGGUUACGUUUUUAAUACAUGUUUAACUGCCCUUCUAUAUAGGACUUUUACUUAUACAGGAAAUGGAUAUCACGGUUUUCCUCCUUGAAACCCAUAUAUCAAAGAAAACAAAGCCUCCUACAUAGUUUAAUUACAUCUGUUGAUCCAUCCCAGAUAUCAAAUCAUUCCCUUAUAAAAGAUAUUUUUUAUAUUCUAUCCUGGCUUAAUUUCAAUAAAGAAGUCUCUUUUUCCAAGUUAUAAUCUUGGUAUACUCAAGAAAAAGGGUUUGUCAAGCUUUAAUAGACCUGAUAGUUAUAGUUUAAUUUAAAAACAAUUGAAAGAUUUAAUUUUCAAACUUCAAGAAGGUAUCACAAAUGUGAGGAGAACAGUUAAAAUGCAGCUUGACAAGUGUUCUCAAGGCUUCUGGGUAGCUGUCCUAUGAAUAAUCAGCACAAUAGGAGUGGCUUACAGUAGCCACUACAUAAGAACAGCUUGUAGUUUUGCUAUGUUCUAUUUAAGGAUAAGCACUUUUCUUAAAAAUUGAACAAGUACAUUCUAAGAUGUAUGUUUGUUGUUAUUUCAAAGUGAAAAUCAAUGGAUGGUUGUCUUUUCAUUUUCUGUAACCAGUUGUGCUCUAUUGGACUGUCUGUCAUUCAUUAUAAUGCAUGCUGAAUAUGAUAUGUGCAGAUGAUGCAGAAAGCUGUGAAAUUAUUUCUAAUGGUUGAAAGCACCGCACUGUGAAUUUAAUACUGUAUUAAACAAGGCAUCUGCA